CAGAGCAUCUCCAUGGCCUCCUCUGCACUCGCUCCAGAGGCUCCACACGCUCUUUAUACAAUACAAAUUACAGCACAAGAUUGUUGGGUCCAACCCAAUGCAGAGCUUUGUAUGAAUAUUUUACAGCUGGUCUCACGUCCCUGAGAAUUCACCUUUUACCGAAUGCAGACUUUGAACAACCCCCGAAUUUCUGACUGUGCAGAUGGCAGGGAAGCUGCUGGGGUUUGAAAUGGAAGUGUAAAUCCGUCCUCAUUUGCACCUGGAUACCAGGGAAUGAAAAUAUAUGAACCUGCUCCCCAGCAGACGCAGGGUUUGAAGUUUGCUGAGCUCAUCUGCACGGAGAGGUGGGUGCAGAAGGAGCGAGGAUGUGAAUUUCAACACCCAGCAGCUGCCUGAAGCAGCAUCUCUGUUUUGUGCCACAAAAGUGCCUUUCUUUGGUGAGCCCAGCUGGAGCGGGGGCCCGGCACCGCGAGCUGUGCCAGGGCCCUGCCGAGCUCCCCCUCUCUGUUUGUGCCCUGCAGUUAUGGUGACAUGGUGCCCAAGACCAUCGCUGGCAAGAUCUUCGGCUCCAUCUGCUCGCUGAGCGGGGUGCUGGUCAUCGCGCUGCCCGUGCCCGUCAUCGUGUCCAACUUCAGCCGCAUCUACCACCAGAACCAGCGUGCAGACAAGCGCCGGGCACAGAAGAAGGCGCGCCUGGCGCGGAUCAGGGUGGCCAAGACCGGCAGCUCCAACGCGUACCUGCACAGCAAACGCAACGGGCUCCUCAACGAGGCCCUGGAGCUGACGGGAUCCACCGAAGAGGAGCAGCACAUGACUAAAGGCACCUCCUUAAUCGAGAGCCAACACCACCAUCUGCUGCACUGCCUGGAAAAAACAACCGGAUUGUCCUAUCUUGUGGAUGAUCCCCUGUUAUCUGUACGAACUUCCACCAUCAAGAACCACGAGUUCAUCGACGAGCAGCUGUUCGAGCAGAACUGCAUGGAGAGCUCGAUGCAGAACUACCCCUCAUCCCGCAGCCCCUCGCUCUCCAGCCACCCCGGGCUGGCCACGUCCUGCUGCUCCCGGCGCAGCAAGAAAACCACGCACCUGCCCAACUCCAGCGUGCCGGCCACGCGGCUGCGGAGCAUGCAGGAGCUCAGCACCAUCCACAUCCAGUGCAGCGAGCAGCCCUCCCUCACCACCAGUCGUUCCAGCCUCAACAUGAAAUCAGACGACGGGCUGCGAGCGAACUGCAAAUCCGCGCAGAUCACCACGGCCAUCAUCAGCAUCCCCACGCCGCCGGCGCUCACCCCCGAGGGCGAGAGCCGAUCAGAGGCCUUGCUCUCCCCCCCUUGCCACCCCUGCAACCUCAUCUCCACUGGCACAGAGUGA